AUGGUGAUCGUAGGAGGCGCGCGACACAACGGAGGCAGCUGCCAAGCUUCGCUAUCGUAUGAUGGGGGUAAGUCAUGGAAGGUCAUUCACUCGUGGGUGGGAGACUGCCCGCCUGCGUCUGGCAGUGCCCUUAGCUUCAAGGUCCCCUCGGACGCCCCGUCUGGUAACAACGUCCUUUUCGCGUGGUCCUGGAUCAACCACACGGGAAACAGAGAGUUUUAUAUGAACUGUGCUGUCAUCAACAUUCAAGGCGGUGGUGGUGGCGAGCCGGUGGCCUUCAACUCUCGCCCCGACCUUCUGGUGGUCAACCUCGGCAACGGCUGCACGGCCAAAGAAGGUAUCGAUGUCGACUUUCCCAACCCCGGCCCCAGUGUCACUCGGGCGGGCAGUUCGGCGGCUCCGCCAUCUGGAAACUGUGGGCCGUCGGGGCCAAAACAGCCGGCACAAGGAGGUGGUGGAAACCUUCCGGUGCCGGAUCAAGGUGAGCCCGCUAGCAGUAAACCCUCUUCCUCGUCUGGACCUGGCCCCGAUCCAAGCAGCGGCAAGAGUGACCCGCCUACUCCAGAAGCAGGCCAACAUCCGGGACCGCCUCAGGGGCAGAGUGCUGGAUGGGCUGGCUAUACUCCCGGUAACGAUUGGCCAGCAGACUUCAACCCGUGGGGUGAUGCAAGCGAGCUGAGCAUUAGUGCAGUACUAGCAUAUGGCCUGCCUGCAUUUGCCGCGGCUGCUGGGGUUUUCUAA